UUCCAGUGUCAUUUUAGCACGAAAGGAGGCAGGACCCGCUGUCCCGCCCCCUGAGCGAGCGCGCGUGCCCGUUUGUGGCCGAGAUCGCACGCAGCGCGGGUGGGUAGACUGCAGGACCAGCCGAGCUGCCGAAGCCACCCAUGGCCCCCAUGUCGGUCCCAGCCACCCUCGCGCCGCCGGCGCCGCCAAAGGCGUCGCCGACAGCCAGGAGCUCGGCACGACGGGCGCCGGCGGCUGACGCAGCGUCCGUGGCCGCCUCUUCCGUCGCCGGCUCGGCCGCGUUGCUGACACUGACGCCGGCCGCGCCCGCCGCGGCCUUGUCCAAGGAGGACGUCGCCGGCUCGCUUAUCAAGGUGGUGGACACGGUGGACGACGUCAUCGGCGUCGGCGGCAAGGCCGCUGAGCAGGUGGCGGCCGUGCUCAAGGCGCUGGGCGAGGCCGUCCAGCCGGCGUUUCCGGUUCUGAAGAGCGCCAGCGACGAGGCCCUCAAGCUGGCGGCGCCCGUGGUGUCCGGCGCCUCCAAGCAGGCCACGGAGGCACUCCAGGGCGCCGGCGUCGACCCCGCCCCCGUUCUGUCCGUCGCCAAGACCGCAGCGGAGCAGAGCACGAAGGUGAUCGACGCCGCCAAACCCGUCGCCUCGGCGACCGUGGAGACCAUCACGACGUUGGGCCCCGAGGGCUACGUCGUCACCGCCGGAGCGGCGCUUCUCGCGUACCUCCUCGUGCCGCCAGUCUGGUCGCUAGUCUCCUUCAGCCUCCGCGGCUACAAAGGUGACCUGACCCCUGCGCAAGCACUGGACAAGGUCACCACGCAGGACUACGUGCUGAUCGACGUGCGGAGCGACAAGGACAAGGCCAAGGCAGGCGUGCCGCAGCUGCCAUCGAACGCCAAGAACCAGCUCGUCUCUGUGCCGCUGGAAGACCUUCCGAGCAAGCUCAAGGGCAUGGUGCGCAACGCCAAGAAAGCCGAGGCGGAGAUCGCCGCUCUGAAGAUCUCCUACCUCAAGAAGAUCGGCAAGGGCUCCAACGUCAUCAUCAUGGACUCGUCGCUACAACGACGUCUCCAAGACUGUGGCGAAGACGCUGAACAGCGUAGGGUUCAAGAACUGCUGGGUCAUGGCCGGCGGCUUCUCGGGUCGGAAAGGGUGGGCGCAGAGCCGCCUUGGGACGGACUCGUACAACCUGUCCGUGGUGGAAGUCGUGACGCCGUCGCGGGUGAUCCCGGCAGUCGCAGGCCGCACUGGGACGACCUCUGCACGCAUAGCGUCCCGAGCAACUACUCGCAAGCUUCUUCCCGGCAGCGUAGACUGAUGAGUGGGGCUGAAACAACAUUCAAAGUGUAAAUCUCAAUUUUCGUUUUAUUUUGAGAUGCAACUUUUGUUCUGUGCGUUCCCUUGUCUUUCUACAGUAUUUAUUACGGGCCUUACCCUUCUUAGACGAAAAUGCAGAAAUGCACCAGCGUGACUAAACUGCAGCUUCAGUGUCACCCCUCUAUCAGCGUUAGUACAACUUGUACACAAAUCAACUGUAAUAGCACAAUUUUGUGUCCAA